GUCGUUUCCUCUGUAGAGGACACGCGCAGCAGGCGGUUUGUACGAAUGUGUGUGUGUGUGAGAGGGAAAAUGCUUUCACUUUCACUCUCCGCCGCCCUUUGACUCCGUGUGGACGUUUGUAGCACACAAAAAAGAGAGUUAAAAAGACAUACACCGAGCUGCAACAGUUACGGCGACACAGGGAAACUCAGGAAGACAUUGAGGAACUCCGCCAUGGCGUUUAAGUAUCCGGCUGCACGGAGAGAUGAGAGUAAGGUCAGUGUUUGAAGUCAGAGUCGAGCUCUCUCUCUCUCUGGUCCUUUUUUUUCCUGUGUCAUUCUGUGGCAGGAACAGAGAGGAAGGGAGGGCCUGUGUUAUGAGAGAGAGAGAGAGAACAAGAAACAAAAACAAAACUUGGAGCUCGUCUUUAACUUACACGAAAUGACGCCGCAGCGGUUCACUUCACUAAGUUCACAUGUUUCAGUACACUGCAGCUGCUGACCGUUGACGUCGUUUUCAAACUCCUGACUUGCACGCGAGGCGAUAGUUCGGUUUUCCUUAUGACCGUUAAAACACUGAGUCACGAUGAACCCACUAAACCCCCUAAUCACCUGAACACAGUGGAGUAAUGAUCAUUUUCCUUAAAUAGUUAUAUAAAUUUAAUACACUAAAAUCUCUGAUAGUUUCAAAUACUAACUUGCAGGUUGUAGUAUGCUGUUUCAAAUCUUGUCCAUAUAGGGGAGAGUGGGGUAAGUUGAGCCAAAGGGUAAGUUGAGCCACCCCUUGUUGCUUGGAAAUGGCAAAAGAAAUUGAUCAUGUGACCUAAUAUUUAGGAGAUGGGCAUCAAUUCUUACUCUUGAGAGUAAAUUUAGUCUGCAGGACUCUCAAGUGUUGAACUAAGCUUGGAGUGAGAUUUUUUUUUGGGGGGGUGAAAAUUUUAAAAAUGAGGACUACAAGACUUAAGUCAUUAUUAUAAAGUCAUAACUAACGAGACCAAAGUCAUUGAUUUAUGAGAAUAAAUUAGUGAAGUUACCUGUUGUGGAUGAGAGUUGUUAAAGAAAGGACUUUGGAGCAUUCUGAUGAAUUGUACUUCAGUCUAGGUUUCACAAACAUGGAGAUAUUUUAUCGUUUGGUACAUAAGCAUAACAUUGGCAUGAUUAUCAGAACUUCAAAAAGAAUAUAUGAGAAAUGCAUCUUUUCCACAGGAAAAAAAAAACUGGUGAACUUUGAGGGAAAUGGCUGGACAGAGGCUAAAUCCUUCAAAACAGCUGUUAAUAGCAAUAGCAUAGGGCUUUAGUUUAUCAUAUGUGUCUAUAUGCCAUAAAGUGUUGAGGCCUCUGCAUAUGUAGGUUACUAACUUACUGUAAUCAUUGGGUCUUUGUCGUCCUUAUGGCACCUGCUUCAUUUCGGCAAGUGUCCGUCUUCAAAAUCUACCUACAGUCUACAGUCUGUCAUAAGUUUUAUUAGACUUGUGUUCAGGCCGAAAAAAGAUAUCAUUUUAAAUUUGUUUCAUCCAUCAAUUGUGGUAUCUAUGAGCUACAACAUGCAUUCAAGUCCACCAUUUUAGCUUAGAGGACUAAUAAAGUCAUGAUAGUAGUUCUGGGGUAACUGAGAAAGUAAAGGAGUCUGAUGAGAGGAUCAGAGUUCCAGUUCAGAUUGUUGACAUGUGUUAUGUUAAGAAUUAUUAUACCAGUUGAAUAGCGUACAAUAGAUAAAAAUACACAUGAAUGUGAAGAAGUGACUCGUUUAGGCAGAGAAGGUGAGGGAGGGCUGGGGUGGAGUGUGGGGGGGUAGUAGGUAGGGGUGGGAGGAAAAAUCAAUUCGCACAAGUAUCUGGAUUUUUUGUGAUUAUAAUUCUUAAAUCGAUUUUUAUGUCCAAAAAUCGAUUUUUUUUUUUCAAAUUUAAGAAUAAGACUUAAAAACUGACCUACACGUGAUGUGUAUUUUUGGGGGAAAUAUGAAUCCUGGAAUAGUCAGUAGACAAUCAUAAUCAUUCAAUCAUUUCACUUGUGUUUAAAAUGCAGACUAAAAAUCGAAUGGCAAUUUUAAAUCGAAUCUGCAUCCAAAAAAUCGUAGAAGAAUUGAAUUGGGAGAAAAGCAUAUCGUCCCAGCCCGAGUAGUAGGGAUACGGCUCUAUGUAAUAAUGUCACCUAAGUUACUUGUAAAGAGUAAAAACAAAACUGCUAAUGCAGAAUGAAAAAAAGUCUGUUGUUGCAAAUAAAGUUUUCAAACCUCAUUUUAGCACCUUAUUUCUUGAAACAAGUUGCCCCCCUGGAUUAGUCAGAUGGAUGUGUCCUUUGUUAAGUUUGAUAAAACAUCUUUUGGUCAGAGAGGAAAAAAAACCUGCUUUGUCUUGAGUCUGUGGUGCAAUAACUUUCAAAUAAAGUCCAAACAAAAGUCUAAAUCUUAAAUCUGCUCAUUUGUAUUCAUAUGUUCCAACCGUAAAUGCAUCAGAAUUAGCCUUCAAACCCACCAUAUGUCAUUUCUGUGUGACUGCAGGAUGUAAACUCCUCUUAAGGUGAUUAUAACCCACAAAUGAGGACACGACCUCUGUCCUGAAACUCCCCUCCUUGAGCACACAGCAGAAUUCUGCAGUGUUUGCAGCCAACACACCAUAAACCAGUUAUCUGCCGUAACGAAAGGGUUUUAGUGGUAAUGGCUCGCGCAUCAGCUGGAGACGUGCUGCAAACUUAUGCAACACAACAAAGGGGAAAUGUGUCAAAAGUGGGAAUGAAUCUGAUUGAGGAAAGAUAGACUGAAAAAGAGGAACACAGGAGACAUAGAUCUUCAUAAACAUCUACCCAAAGACACUUAUGACACAAGUCAGAGAUUAGAUAACAAUUGAGGCAAAUGAGGAACUCCUUCAUUUCAUUAAAUUAUAAAAAAAAAUAUAAAAAUAUAUAUAUAUAUAUAUAUUUUUUUUGUAAAUUUACAGACGAAAAUCCAAAACUAAACAGACCAGUACAGAUCACAUCCGUAUGCUAAAAUAGCAAUGCGUUCAAUAAAGGUCAUUUCGACUAACAUCCCUUUUCUAAUAUCACAGCGAGGUGUUAAAAAAUUACACUGACAGCUGAGUUUACUUCUCUUCCAGGUACACUUCACUUUAGAAAAGAUCAGAAAUGAAUGAUCCGGCCACUGACCCAGAAAGAUUAGACUUCCCUGUUACAGAAAUUUAUGAGCAUUGAGAGUCGUUUCCAGAAUAUACAGUACCAGAUUGUACAGGAAAAUAAUGCUUGUAACUUAUACUUGUGAUCAGUGCAGUGAGUCAGCCAUGCUAGGUUUUAUCAGGUAUCAGUAUUACAUGUGAGAUUUGCAAGAACAACCAUGCACUACUGUUUUAUAAAAAAUGUAAAAUGCUACUGCAGCAUCGGUUAUCGGUUUGUGUUUUACUUUUGUUAACGUCAGUUCAUUUGGUUGUUUCUGCCAGUCUCAGAUGUGUUGCACAACAGACUUGGUUGCCACUUUCACUUUGCUAUUAAGCGGUAACAAGCUUUGGUGAAAUUCUCAGGAAUAUUUUGGCGUGCUUCUUAAGAAAUGAGCACAGCUUUUUCAUAACACGGCGAACUUAAGCGGCAACAACGAGCCAAAAAAAUCUAAAUGAAGCGUUCGGCCAAGGCACCUGGACUUUUGCAGAAAUUCCUCACAAUAAAACUGAUGGACAGGACUGUAAUGUUUGUUGAUGUUCCUGUUUAACUUGUCUUUUUUUUUUUUGGCAACAGGUGAAUGACUACCAUGGAAAUAAGAUCUGCGAUGCCUAUGCAUGGCUUGAGGACCCAGAUAGUGCAGAAACAAUGGUGUGUUGGAUCAUUUGCAAAAGGGGGAAGCAUGUUUUUACUCGUUACUCUUGACAUUUCAACCUUUCUGUCGUUAUCUCAGGCUUUUGUGGAGGGGCAGAACAAACUGACUAUGCCGUACCUAGAGCAGUGCAAGGUGCGGCCCCAGUUCCACCAGCGUCUCACGGAGCUGUAUGACUACCCCAAAUACAGCUGCCCCUUUAAGAGAGGAAAGAGGUACUUGUUGGAGUUUAUAGGACUGGAAAAUAGACACUGAUAAGUCUAGAAAGCUGCAUGAUCUCAACUGUCAUGAAACAAGUAAUCACAGCUGACUGAAAUACAUCCUGGCAUACACAAUCUUAUGUAACAGUAAGGGAGCUGAACUAGUUUGACUCAAGAAUCGGUUGUUAAAUUUGAAUCAAGUUGCGAUGAGCUUGUGAAAAACUCACACUCUUACACAUCAGACUUACUGGCUUGAAUUUCAGAUCUGGUAACAUGAUUAAAAAGCUUGUUUCACUCUGUUUUUUUUUUGUUGUUUUUUUUUAGGUACUUCUUCUUUCACAAUAAAGGUCUGCAGAACCAGGAUGUGCUGUAUGUGCAGGAUACUCUGGACAGCCCUGCCUCUGUAUUCUUCGACCCAAAUACACUCUCUGAGGAUGGCACUGUGGCCCUGAAGAGUGAGCUCAUAUACUGUGUAGUUUUAUGUGUACAAACUUUUAUCAAUUCAUAAAAGGGGGGAAAAAAAGCAGAGGACUGACUUUCUCUAUUUCUCCUUCCAGUGGGCCGUCUGUCUGAGGAGUGCGAGUACUUUGCGUAUGGCUUGAGCAGCAGUGGCUCAGACUGGGUGACGAUCCAUUUCAUGAAUGUUGAGGACCUCAAACCUCUGCCUGAUGUGCUGGAGAGGGUCAAAUUCAGCUGUCUGGCCUGGACUCACGAUGCCAAGGGUGUAUUCUACAACAGCUUCCCACGGCAGGAGGGCAAGGCUGAUGGUUAGGAUAGAUCACUGUGCAAAUCUGUAAAAAAAAGAAAACAUACGACAAAUGCACUCAAGAUUUCACCUCUGUGUUUCACUGCAGGCACGGAGACCACCACCAAUGUCAACCAGAAGCUCUUCUACCAUGUCAUGGGUACCAAACAGUCCGAGGACAUUCUGGUGGCAGAGUUCCCUGAUAAUCCUAAAUGGCAAAGUUCAGUCUCUGUAAGUAUUAAGUGAUCUCCAACAAAUGACUCAGAAUGAAAUCCUCACUUUGCAAUUAAGAUCAUAUGAGUUCUAGUUUCUAACUUAUCCCCAAUAAGAGGCACAAACGAGGGAUACACCGAUCCGCUUUUUUCACCUCCAAUACUGAUACAGAUAUCUACAGUUUAGUAUCGGCUGACACGAUCCAAUCGUGUACAGAAAAGCUGCACUGAAUUACCUUUAGUUGUAACUUGAAGUUUUACCACCACCACUCGUAGCAUUUACUGUGCAGGCAUUGCAAGUGGCUGUCCAGCUUGUAGGCUGAGGUAGUGUCAUAAAGUUCAAGAUAGGAGACCCGCUCUAACCGAGACCCUGCUCGCUCCAUUUUGAAAACAAUGUGGGCGUCCUCUCAGCAUGUUUACUUGAGGAUGCCGCUCUCCUAGAAUAGACAGAAUAGAUCGGCCCCUAUGCAUCGGGCCCAUUGUCACAUUACCCGAUCUAGAAUUUUCUUCAGUAUCAGGAUAUCAGUUACCGAUAUCAAAUAUCGGAUCAGUGCAUCCCUAGCACAAACAUAGUUUUCUGAAUGGUGUGAUGAGUCGGCUGAUCUUGUUGCUCUUCACAUUUGUGCUGAACUUGUUAAUAACUUUUAGGACAGAUGUGAUUUUUGAAAAAAUUUAUAUGUGCACGACUUGGCUCUGAAAGCCAUUUUUUGUGCAUGAACAAUAAAAUGAAGAUCUGUUUGGGAUAAAAAAAAUGUUCUUGCUGAGACAAAUGACCUUAGCUUAUUAAAAAGAGGCUGAAAUCUCCUCCCUAGGAUCUACAUUUAGGUUGUUUAAGGGUUCCUAUGCAAGUAUGGAAAGUAUGGAAGUAAUUUGAUCAAUUCCCAGGCCUUAAAAAGUAUGGAAAAAUAUCUAUGUUAACAGACUAUAUUACGACAGUUCUAAAAUACUGUUUUCUAAAAAAAAAAAAAGUAGGUAUUUCCAAAAAUAAUUCUAAAAAGUAGGUUAUGGAAAAGUAUGGAAAUUCCAACUGUGUAGGAGCGCUGUUGUUUACCUGAGAAAGAGCUCUGUUCUGACAUGGUAAGAUGGAUCAUAGACAGCAUGAGCACCUUAAUGGACAUGUUGUGUUCGGGUUAUAUCUUUUACUGGACUUGGACCAUGUGGACCCCCUCUGUUGUUGCAGAAGACAAAGCUUGAGAAAAUGAUGAUAAUAAGAGUCACUUCUUCCAGAUCUCAGAUGAUGGCCGAUAUGCUGUUUUGACCAUACAUGAAGGCUGCAAGCCCGUCAACCGGCUGUGGUACUGUGACCUUCAGCAACUCCCAAACGGCAUCACAGGUCUGUAUGUUUGUGGAAAACACCUAGAGUAAACAAAGUGUCUGUAGACAGCAUAAGAUUAUACUAUAUUUGUAUGAUGAAGAGGGCUCAAAAUAACACGUUAACUUUUAACUAAUCACAAAAAAGCGAACAUCAAAAAUAUCCUGACAGAUGAAUCACACUCUGUUGUCCUACACAACACUAAUUAUAGGGAAGCUUCAGAGAUAUGACGAAAUAUUUGCUUUCUGCAAAAUUAAUCAUAUCUGUCUCUCUUUCCCAUGCCUUUCACAAGACUAGCAUACAGUGACACUUGAACCCUAUUAACAUUAACUCUUUUGCUAUGACGAAUAAGCUCAACCUUUACAAAUCAGUUACAUAUCAUGUCUGAUGUGAUCAUUGAAAUUCAGAAUAGCUGAUAAUUUAGUUUCUCUCCAUUCACCAUCCAAACAACUGAACAGCAAACCUCCAUUUGAGGACUUGCUUACAAGAUGAAGAUUGUACUCAGUGAAGCCGCGCAGGGAUUGAUUGUUAUUAUUUGUUUGGAUCUCUUUUUCAAUGUCGUUUCCAGCUGUGAGAUGUGUUUAUUAGAGUUGCCCCUUCUCAGAGCUGCAGUAGCUCACGUACAACACUCGUGGUUCCUCUUUUGCUGGGGGAGCACCUGCUCUGCUGGCGCAGACGUUGAAGAAAUCCCUGUUAUUGGCUUUCUAAGAACACAGAUUGUUGGCAGGUCAGGCAGUUUAAAGCCAAGAGAAAGUAUCAGUAAUCUUGAACUUUUCUCAGAACUUUGACAGAGUUUCUAAAGUGUGAAAUCACCUUGUAUGUCCUUUUUUGUAUCUGGUCUGGAUGUUGUCAGUGCGUGCUGUGUAUGAGUAACCUCUUUGACAAUCAUUGGAAUGACACAAGUCAUCUUUAAUUAUUGAAAUUUCUGUCUAUUUCUACAUUUUCUCCUCCAGGUUUGCUGCCUUGGGUCAAACUCGUGGACAACUUUGACGCCCAGUACUCGUACAUCACCAACGAGGGGACUGUAUUCACUUUCCGUUCCAACUUAGAUGCCCCUCGCUACUGCCUGAUCAACAUUGACAUCCAGAAACCAGACAAGCAGCACUGGACUGUCCUCCUACCGCAGCAUGACAAGGACGUCUUGGGUGAGAGUUUUUGGAAAUUUCAGCUGAGAGUACAAUAGGUCAAGUCAGCCCUCAUGCCUGGUAUCGGUUCUCUUCAAGAGGACAGUAAAAAAUCUUACAGUUUACUCAUCCUUGUCACGACAGCUGUGUGCUUGUGUUUGAGCGUGUGAAAACUCCACCAGACUAGGAAUACGUAAAGGGCUCGUAUACGUAGAGAGUGACUUCCACAAUCAGCCCUCAAACUGUUGUGACAUACUUUUUCACUGGGUGUCUGUCCCAACGUUUCGGUGACAGUCUGACCACAAACUCAGGGAAGUUGAAGAGUCUGUGGUUGAAUACCUUCGUCAGUGGGAACUCAGCAGAAAAAGUGAAACUUGGUCCAUAAGCACUUUGACUCAACCUUUUUUUUUUUUAAGAGUCAUCUCAGUUAUGGUAACCGUGCCUCGAAAUCACUGACUCAAAGAGCAGUGAAUUUCCAUGUUUCUGCUGGGUUAAACCCGUGCUAAUUCUCAUGCAGAUCAGUGUGUGUAUGAACAUAAAUGUUAUAUAGGUCACUUUUUAGAAGUUCAUGAGUAGUUCAAGCUCCCGUGAGAACAUUUUGAUGGAACAGACUGAUGUGUCCUUAUGAUGUGUAAAAGUAAAUAAGAUGACUGGUGACAAAACUGACAACAUCUAAAAGAAACCGUUUUAAGAUAAGAUUAGAUAAGAACUUGAUUUAUCCCCGAAAAAGGAAAUUCAGUAAUUUUAGUGCUACAAAGAGCUAAAAGGCUGAAAAAAUCCCACCUUAGUUACUUUUCCUACAUCAAAUUUUCACGCUGAGAUCAUAACUUAAGUUUCACAAGAAUGAGACAAAAUCAGCAACAACACUAGGGUUACCGCUUUGUCCACAGGGGGUGCCCUAACAGGGGCUUUAAUGUUAGUUAGGUAAUUAUGUCAUAUGAAGAAAACUGUGAGGAUGCCCAGCCCAGGUUCACUCUUGAAAGAAUGGUAGGUCAACACGAAUGGUCAGUUUGACAAGCUUUACUGGUUGCAGAUCUUGAUUACAGCUUCAUCAUGCCACAAGUGUAACAAAGACUGGUCUGAGAAUUUUCAAGUAUAUACAGUCUUCUGCACCUCCAAGCAUUCUGCUGGCAUUUAGUUGACCUGAAGAAGAGUCCAUGUAGGGUCAGAACAAAGGACAACAUAUUUUAAGGAGCCGUAGUUGAACAUAUGGAGAGCCCAUGUAGGGGAACACCAUAGCAGAACAUAUUUUGGGAACCUGAGUGAUGUCAAAAAUGUGUACAAGGUUUUUUGUGGAGGAUGGUUAUAGGAGGUCCUUGGCUCUAACACCAACGUAUCCAUGGUGUCUGAGUUACGUGGCUCCACCGCCCUAAAGUCUGAUGGGAUUGGCUAAAGAAAAUUCUCCGAACAAAAACGUUAAAAGAAUCAGUAACCCUCACUUGGAAGUCCUGCUCGCCCGGUUGAGAUUCUGAUAUACCGCCAUUUACUUUACUCAUGCGCAAGUUGAAAUGCUUUCUGCUGUUGAUUUAUUAGGACAUUGCUUAUCAUGGUGAGAAGGUCGUCCCUGGUGGUGCUUUUGCUGUUAGGAUUUUAUCAGCAGUGUUUUGACCACUCAGUAUCAAGGCAUCUUGAUAAAGUAGUUAUAAAAAGUAAACGUUCAUGUGUUCCUCAGGAAGGCCUUUGGAGAAUCCACAGCUAUUUUCUAACAUGUUGAUUGUUUGGUUUCUGGUGAAGUUUUUAAAAGAAUAAUUUUAAGCCUCGAAUGAGUUUCCCACUUCUGUUGUUUUAUCUGUUUACUUUCCUCAUUUGUUCUUAGCAGACUAGCAGUGCUAAUGUUGCCACUGCAUCAACUCUGCACUGUGUUCCAGCUAGGAGUUAGAGUAACAGCUGUUUUUUUCAUACUAUGUUAAGUAAAGUUGUGUUUUAUCUCAUAAUGCAGCAUUUCUUUAUAGGAGGUGAACUGUUGUUUUCUUUUCUCCUCUGAUAGAGUUGUCUUCUCUUCAGCUCAUUUUUAAGCCCUAAAAAAGGUCCAGCAUCUGUUUAUUUGCAUGUCUACUUUCAGAUUUAGACACCGUGUUCAUCAGGCCGUUGACUGUUGUUGAUCUCAAGUAUAAAGUCACUGAUCUGACACUGGAAUGAAAAUGACCACAUAUGGUGUUGUGGUUACAGACUCAUGUAAAUUGUCACAGAGGGUAGAAAGCCUUUGUGUCACCUCAGCAGUGUGGCCAGCAUCGUCCUGUGCAGCACUUGUAGUAUAUCAGAUCGCCCCCUGCUGGUUAAAGUUUAGAUUUCAUCAUUUUUCAUCGAUAGAUUUAUUGCAUAAUUUUUUAAUUGACUCUUUCAAAUUGUUGCUCUACAUAAGGAAUGCACCUAAAUAUAAGCAGUCAUUGUUUUUAGGUUUGAUACUUAUUGAUUUGUAUUUUUUUAUUUUUCCCUGACUCAUUAUUGCUAAAAUAAAGCCCACAAAUAAUGUUCUCAGGAGCAAAAAGUGUUAAAAAUUAAAACUUCUCUUCAUUCUUCACUUUUUAACACUUAAUCACAUCCUUUCACCCUACAGGCUUGGUCUCCUGUUUGAACCAGCACCACCUGCUGGUCAACUACAUCCAUGACGUGAAGGACAUCCUGCAGGUGUACGAGUUGUCCACGGGUCAGCUGGUCAGAGAUCUGCCUCUGAACGUCGGUACCAUAGCUGGAGUGAGCUGCAAGAAGAAACACUCUGAGUUCUUCUACAAGUUCACCUCCUUCACCACACCAGGUAUAAGAGUAACACUCUUUUCUCUAAAGUUUUACAAGUUUUCAAUUUUAAUUAUCAAGAAUAAAAUCAAAAAAGUUUCACUUUCACUUCACCUUAUCAACGCUAGUAAAUGGAGCAGAAAUCUAACAUCAGCAACACAUUAUCAGCUCUUUUACAGCAUCAGGGGGAAAGUUUGUCUUAUCUUUCACCGUUGCCCUUUUUCCUGAGGUCAUAAAGUGCAACAUGUGGGUGGUAGACCAAGAGAUGCAAAUAAUCAGCACUAAGAAAUGAGAGCGAUUCUAAGAUAUGAGAUUUAAAGCUUAGGAAAGAGUCUAACUCUUGAAUAUUAACGAUCACAAACUGCGUUUAGUUACACGUGGUUACUUCUAAUCUUUUUUCCCAGGUAUCAUUUAUCACUGCGAUUUGAGCGACGCCAACCCGGAGCCCAAAAUCUUCAGAGAGGUGGAGGUCAAAGGCAUCAAGCAAGACGACUAUCAGACCAGCCAGGUGAUGUUCUUGCCAGUCUUAUUAGAUUCUGUAGAGCUCAUGUCGGUAUUAUUUUCACUUCCUCUUAACAUUCAAGUUCAGACUUGUUCCCGUUUGUAAUCACAAUUACUUGUUUGGCUUUCCAUGGAUAUUUUGGAGCCUUGGUGAAUAAGUCGUGUUAGAAAAACGAACUCCAAAGCUGUUGUAUUGAUGUUGCGUUUGUCGUCUUGUGCAUGUACAGGUGUUUUAUCCUAGUAAAGAUGGCACCAAGAUCCCCAUGUUCCUGGUUCAUGCAAAGGGCCUGCAGAAGGAUGGAAGUCACCCUGUUUUCCUGUACGGCUACGGAGGCUUUGAGAAUGCCAUACAACCUUACUACAAGUGAGUGUGACUGCUCUGCCUCGAGUCUCUCCAACCAGGGGCACCACUAUCCUGUUAUCUAUCUGCUAGAUAGACAGGUCAGCUGAGUAACUGAUGACAAACGUUGACAUGAGAGUGAGCUGAUUGCUGGUUGUUGCCAUGGUUGCUGACAUGCAAGCAGAUACUUUUAAUCAGGGAGGAAAAUAUGAGGAUCUACUUUGUGUCCUGUGAUUGACUUGUCUUUGAAUGUUUGUUUGCCUCCCCUAAUAGUCAUUUAAAUCCCCUUAAAGUCUACCAGUAGAAUGAAUAUAUGAAUGAAAAAAUCAAAAUAAGACCUGAAUUUGUGUUUCAAGUUUGUGCCAACAUGGCUUUACUUUCUUUGUGUGUCUUGUCUGUGCUCAGUGUUGCUUACCUUCUGUAUGUGAGACACCUGGGAGGCAUCCUGGCGGUGGCCAACAUCAGAGGGGGCGGGGAGUACGGCCUCACAUGGCACAAAGGUACACACACCCGAGGAACGAACUGGAAAAACUCUAAACAGAUUGCAAAUGAGCCCAACCCAGUCUUCUUCAAACUUCUUCUGCUGUGUUGUGUCUUGGUAGGCGGCAUUUUGGGGAACAAGCAGAACUGCUUCGAUGACUUUCAGUGCGCAGCUGAGUAUCUGAUCCAGGAGAAAUACACCACAGCCAGCCGUAUCGCCAUAAACGGAGCCUCUAAUGGAGGGCUGCUCGUGGGUGAGUAUGGGAGCAAGUGUGCGUUUUGAUUUUACAGAAAAUUAACUCUGAAAGUCCGAGAUGGAGAAGAAGAGAAGGUGAAAAGGUUUAAAGGAUAAUUCCCGGAAACAUAUGAAGCAACAGUCCAUUACGUGCUGCACAAAGGAGUAGAAGUUUUUUACUCCAUUUAGUUCCCAUUGAUACUGUAAUACUAACAGUCCAUAUGCAGUAUGUCUUAAAGUUUCUUAAAGCCCCUCAGAGCUCACACAGAUUGCCUCUCCCUCUCUCAGCCCCCUUGAUCACGCUGCUUUGUAUUCUUCGCCGUACAUCUCAGGCGUAAUUACAAAUGUCAAAUUCAUCUAACAGUAGUUAGCUGCUUAGCUUCAAUUAAUUAAUCUACUAAACAGCACAUUAAACCCUGCUCAGUCACAUCAUUUACCAAACACUGGCUGCCAUAUGGUCCUGCACAAACUCGGCGUACGCCUCCAUCUCUGAUGUGUGAGCGGCCCUGGAGGAGUGGUUAUGUCCUGAAAUGUUGUGUGAGAUUACGAAUAUGUGUGCGUAACUUUUAACAUAAAUUUUGCAGCUGCGUGUGUGAACCAGCGUCCUGACCUGUUCGGCUGUGCGGUGGCAGAGGUCGGGGUCAUGGAUAUGCUCAAGUUCCACAAGUUCACCAUCGGGCAUGCCUGGACCACUGACUACGGCUGUUCUGAUGACCCCGAGCAGUUCAAGUGGCUCAUCAAGUAUGAAAAACACGAACACAAUCAAGUCCUUUUGUUCGGGAUCACGUUAUAGUUCACGUUUGUCUUGUUUAACUCAUCAGGUCUGAUGGUGAUAUUUAAAUGAGAAGCUCAACAUCUGAAUCACCACAAAGUUCACCUUCAAACCCUGGACUCUUAUUUCUCUGAUCAGAAACCGUCUUCAUGUCUUCUUCAGGUAUUCUCCUCUACAUAACCUCCCUCAGCCUCCAUACUCCGGCGCCCCCUACCCGGCCGUUCUGCUCCUGACUGCGGAUCACGACGACCGGGUGGUUCCCCUCCACACCCUUAAGUUCUGCGCAGCCCUGCAGCACGGCGUGGGCAGUAGCCCCGCACAGCGCCAGCCUCUGAUGGUCAGAGUGGACACCCGCAGUGGACACGGGGCCGGGAAACCCACCGCCAAGGCCAUCCUGGAGGAUACACACAUCUUCUCCUUCAUUGCUGAGACGCUCGGGCUCAGCUGGAAGGUUUGAGCGGAAACGGUAGUAAAGGGAGGUAAAAGAUUCACACAGUGAGGGGAAGUUACUCCACAGGGAUUUUGAGUGAUGGAUUUUUCUGGUUUUUAGGGGAGCACUCUUGAAUGUUCUUAUGCAGCUAAAGAUCAAGAUCAGAUAAGAUUCAAAGAGAAUUACGCUGGUGAAGGGUGUAAAAAAUCAACAACUUCAAUUUCAAAUGUGGUAUUAUAUCUGAAUAUAAUACCACAAAAAAAAAUCAUAAACCUGUUUAAAUGUUUACAUGGGGUCUGGAAUACAUUUUUAACUUUGGCUUAAGUUUUUAAAUAAAGUCUAUCUGCACUUUA